UCUUACACUGCAUUAAUAAAAUAAGAAGCUGAUAUUACAGCAGUGGUCAUGUUGAUGGAUUAAGAAUCAUGUGCAUCACUUUCAUCUCACAAAGAAGAAGAAGAACGAGGUGAUUGGGCAGAAGUCAGCCCUGUUUGUGAUAAGACGAUGUUUAAAGUGACGUGUGGAGCUUUAACUGGAACUUUACAUAAUUAUCGAUUUGGAUCAGGGAAAUGUGGGAAAAGUAUUCGCACUGAGAUGAGCUGGCUGACCCCAGUAGAGUUUGUGAAUGUGGCAUUAAACCAGGGAGACGCCUCCUGGAGGAAGGACAUCUUGUACGAAGGAAAACCACUCAGCGUUCUUAUUGAGGCAAACGUCUUGGCAAUCCAUUCAUUACUAUGCAAAUGCAAACAGUGCAAACCAAAACCUGAAGACCUGGAGAGUCAGAAAAAUGAUGAUGAGUGUUGCAUCUGUAAAAGUGAAGGAACAAAGGAGUUGGUUGUGUGUGAUAACUGCCCUAGAUCAUUCCAUCAGAAAUGCCAUUUGCCUCAUAUAGACGGCACAAUUCUAAGGGACGACAGCCGGUGGAUGUGCACGUUCUGUGUUUUUAAAGCCAUUGAGGGGUGCCGCUACCCUGACAAGCAGAAAACUGAAGCCGUCUUGUCCCGCCAAAUAUCUCAACACAUGCUGGAAUGCCCGUAUCUCCUCCUCUAUCUGUGCAGUGCUGAUGAGGAGCAGAUAUUUGCCACCAACCCCGGGCAGUAUUUGGAAAACUACUCCAGUAUUAUUAAGACUCCAAUGUGGCUGGACAACAUUGCUGAUAAACUCCAAUGGAAAGAAUACCAGACUGUUGGCGAGUUUGUGUCUGAUGUUCAGCUCAUUUUCACCAACUCUGCUACAUACAACAAGAACAAUCCAGAAUACCGUGACAUGGGCGAAAACCUGAAACAGUUAUUUGACAGAGAAUUUAAGAAAGCCUUCAACAUCCAGGACUAGACCAAGCUCCAAAACCCAUCACCCAUGGACACCAGAUACAAAUUAGCAAACCUUUAAAUGUUAUGAUGAAAACAAUUUGAUUGUUCUUUAUCUAACUAAGACUUACAUAUUUUAUUAUAUCCUGUUUAAUUAGUGAAAGAAAAUGUAAAAAUACUUCAGAAGGUACAACACUGAAAGCGAUUAAAUAUCUGCUUUAGUAUCAACUGAAUUAGGCCUAAUAUUUAACAUGAUAAACUGAGAAUCCUACAGUAAAAUAUAAAAAGUUUCCUUUGAUUACGUACUUAGGCAGGGGCUGGCUAACUUGUUGCUUUGCCACAUUGUACAUUUGCAGCUUCGGUCUCUAUUGGCAUACUAAUGCCAUGUUUUAGUGGUCAUUAAAAGGACUGCAAAAUAGGUUUCUUCAA